AUUAAUAGCUAAAUUGAAAAUUAGGUCGGUUGUUUUUUCUAUCAAAAGAUGACAUACGUUAGUGAAAUGGCUUUUCUCUACUUCCUUUGGUUAAGUUUAUCAGUUCUUAUUGUUGACUGUUCUGACUAUGCUGAUUGGUAUCUAGUCUGGCAAGAUGAAUUCAAUGGUGAAGAAUUAGAUUUGAAUCAUUGGGAAUAUCAAAUUGGUGGUAUCAAUUUUGGCAGUCAUGAAAUAGAAUACUAUACAAAUCGAACGAAAAAUGUUCGUAUCGAGAAUGGCAGUCUGGUGAUUGAUGCUCAGAUUGAAAAAUAUGAUUCAUAUAAUUUCACUUCGGGUCGAAUUCAUGGUAAACAAUCUUGGACAUAUGGAAAAUUUGAAGCUCGAGCUCGUUUACCUAGUGGACAUCAACUUUGGCCAGCUAUUUGGAUGAUGCCUCAUCUCAGUAAAUAUGGUAGUUGGGCGGCAAGUGGUGAAAUUGAUAUUAUGGAAAAUAAAGGUGAUCAUCCUGCCGUUAUCGAAGCUACUAUUCAUUAUGGUGGUAAAAGACCAUAUAAUACACAUACAGGAAGUGGACCACGUGAUUUUCACUGUGAUCUUAGUAAAGACUUUCAUUUGUAUGCAAUUGAAUGGAAUGCAAAAGAAAUCCGUUUCUAUUUGGAUAAUAAUCACUAUUUUACUGCAGAUAUCGAUCGAAUGAUGUGGUCGGGCAAAGGUCCAAAUCCAUAUACUCGAAAAGGCCAACCAUUUGAUCAAUCAUUUCAUUGGAUUUUGAAUGUUGCAAUUGGUGGUAGUUAUUUCGGUCCAGGGCCUUAUGUUACACCUGAACAAGCAAAACAUUGGCCAAAGUCCACAAUGGAAAUUGAUUAUCUACGUGUUUAUCAACAAAAAAAAUAACAAUCUUGAAAAUAAAAAUUGAAAGAACAAUUAAUUAAAAAUUGAUCACUUGUAACAUAUUAUGUU